CCCGCACCAGUUGGGCGCUCCCGGAUGAUGCCCUACCCCUUUGGAUCCACGUGGUCUGCAACCUGGUGCGAGCAGCCCGGGCUACAGGGUUGCCUGUGGUGUGGGUCUCAGGAUGGAGGAGCCCCAGGCCGGCGAUGCUGCUCGGUUCUCUUGUCCCCCCAACUUUACCGCGAAGCCCCCAGCCUCAGAGUCCCCUCGUUUCUCCUUGGAGGCGCUGACGGGUCCAGAUACGGAGCUGUGGCUUAUUCAGGCCCCUGCAGACUUUGCCCCAGAAUGCUUCAAUGGGCGGCAUGUGCCUCUCUCUGGCUCCCAGAUCGUCAAGGGCAAGUUGGCAGGCAAGCGGCACCGCUAUCGAGUCCUCAGCAGCUGUCCCCAGGCUGGAGAAGCGACCCUGCUGGCCCCCUCAACGGAGGCAGGAGGUGGACUCACCUGUGCCUCAGCCCCCCAGGGCACCCUAAGGAUCCUUGAGGGUCCCCAGCAAUCCCUGUCAGGGAGCCCUCUGCAGCCCAUCCCAGCAAGUCCCCCACCACAGAUCCCUCCUGGCCUGAGGCCUCGGUUCUGUGCCUUUGGGGGCAACCCACCAGUCACAGGGCCUAGGUCAGCCUUGGCCCCCAACCUGCUCACCUCAGGGAAGAAGAAAAAAGAGAUGCAGGUGACAGAGGCCCCAGUCACUCAGGAGGCAGUGAAUGGGCACGGGGCCCUGGAGGUGGACAUGGCUUUGGGGUCCCCAGAAAUGGAUGUGCGGAAGAAGAAGAAGAAAAAAAAUCAGCAGCUGAAAGAACCAGAGGCGGCAGGGCCUGUGGGGACAGAGCCCACAGUGGAGACACUGGAGCCUCUGGGAGUGCUGUUCCCGUCCACCACCAAGAAGAGGAAGAAGCCCAAAGGGACAGAAACCUUCGAGCCAGAAGACAAGACAGUGAAGCAGGAACAGAUUAACACUGAGCCUCUAGAAGACACAGUCCUGUCCCCGACCAAAAAGAGAAAGAGGCAAAAGGGGACGGAAGGGAUGGAGCCAGAGGAGGGGGUGACAGUUGAGUCUCAGCCACAGGUGAAGGUGGAGCCACUGGAGGAAGCCAUCCCUCUGCCCCCUACGAAGAAGAGGAAAAAAGAAAAGGGACAGAUGGCAAUGAUGGAGCCAGGGACGGAGGCGAUGGAGCCAGUGGAGCCGGAGAUGAAGCCUCUGGAGUCCCCAGGGGGGACCAUGGCGCCUCAACAGCCAGAAGGAGCGGAGCCUCAGGCCCAGGCAGCUCUGGCAGCUCCCAAAAAGAAGACGAAGAAAGAAAAACAACAAAAUGCCACAGUGGAGCCAGAGACAGAGGUGGUGGGGCCUGAGCUGCCGGAUGACCUUGAGCCUCAGGCAGCUCCCACAUCCACCAAGAAGAAGAAGAAGAAGAAAGAGAGAGGUCACACAGUGACUGAGCUGAUUCAGCCACUAGAGCCUGAACUGCCAGGGGAGGGACAGCCUGAAGCCAGGGCAACUCCGGGAUCCACCAAGAAGAGGAAGAAGCAGAGUCAGGAAAGCCGGAUGCCAGAGACAGUGCCCCAAGAGGAGAUGCCAGGGCCGCCACUGAAUUCAGAGUCUGGGGAGGAGGCUCCCACAGGCCGGGACAAGAAGCGGAAGAAGCAGCAGCAGCAGCCUGUGUAGUCUGCCCCCGGGAAACUGAGGAACUAAAGAAAGCUGAAGGUGCCCACCUGGGCCACCAGAAGGUGACACCCCCAGAAUCCCUCCCCAGAGACUGCACCAGCGCAGCCAGCAGGAGCCUGGCCUGGGAGGACGCUUUAUUAUUACACUGGGGGUUUCCUUGGCAGCUGGGGUCAUCAGGGUACUUUCAAGAAGGGCUCGUGCAGGACAUCAAACAGCCUCCGGGCCUGGAUGGGAGGGAGAAAAAAAUGAGGAACCAGUCAUUAAAGGAGCUGUUUCCUGGGUAAAUCUA